AUACAAGGACACCAAAAAAUCUGGUGUAUAUAAGACACGCGCACGUAGACUAGUCACACAUUUUCCUGUCGGCCAGAUUUACACAUCUUAGAAGAAAUAAAAUUUUAUUUUUGGGGAGUUUGGAACGUUUAAUACUUAGCAUAAAAGAUGAGUUCAGUUGACAAGAAGAAUGUAGCGGAUACCUGGACUGCAGCUUACAAAGAUUGGGAAGAUAAAAAUGGAGUGGCGUUCUAUGAGAGACUCUUCGAGAACAAUCCAGAAAUCAAGGCUGCAUUCACAAACCCCGAUUUGAAAAUACGGUCCAAGUAUUUUGGUAAAAUGGUUCAAUCCUGGAUGGAAAACUUGGAAAAUGAGAGCACACUUGAUGAAAAGAUUGGCGAAAUGUGCGCUAAACAUAAGGAAAGAGGUCAAUCAGACAUUAGACUAUUCAAAGAUGCCCUGACAGAACUUGCUGGUUUCGUCAACGACACCGUUGGAAUGAAUAGUGAUCAACAAGCGUCAUGGCAAAAGAUAAACGACGUCAUUUUGGACAUAAUGAAGACUAAAUUCUAAACUAUCUUGAGUUGAAUCAAACAUUAAGUCACAUGUAUGCAUAUAUGUUUAACAGAUUCAUGCGAUGUAUAUAUAGCAUGUUCCUAUGAUCUACAAACGUCUAUACACAACAUACUUGGAAUUAGGCAUUGCCACAAAAAU